CGCGCGCCGGGCAGAAGGCAGUGCCCUAAGGAGGUGGAAGGGGAUGUUGAGCCGGCUGCAGGAGCUCCGCAAGGAGGAGGAGACGUUGCUGCGUCUAAAGGCGGUCCUGCACGACCAACUGAACCGCCUCAAGGUUGAAGAAUUGGCCCUCCGAUCCAUGAUAAGUUCUCGAGGAGGGACUGAGAUGCCGUCCUCCCAGCCGGCGCCUGAGCAGUUCCAUGAUAUGUCCAUGCUUGUAGACAAUGAAGCAUCAAUCAACCAAACCACACUGAAGCUGAGCACAAGGAACCCUAUGGAGGAAGAGAUGGAGGAAGAGGAGGAGGAGGAAGAAUCUGAUUCGUAAAAGGGGACAACAGCUAGGGUUAGUUAUACAAACAAAACUCCUGCCUCGAUCACAACGAAGCCAGCAGCUGGAGCAUCUCUCCUCCCCGGAAGGUGUAGUUAAUUCAAAGUACUGAAGGGAAACCAUUUCCCAGUACAGCAGACUGACCAGACUGUGAUGAAGGCUCUCACACCAGCAAGGCCCUCAUGUGAGCAUGGCUGCUGAAAGAUGGGAUGCACGUCUGAACAGAGACAAGCAUGGGAGAGGCUUGAAAGCAACAUGGCAUGCCACUGGGCAGAGGAUUCCUCUUUGCUGCUUCCCAAAGGCUCAGAUGCUGGCGGCAUGGGUUGGUGUGCUGGGCUGGUUAAGCCCGAUAGUGGAGCAGAGCCAACCUGCAAAGUCUACCUCCUCUGCAUCAGAUCUCUUGAUGAAGGCAUGAACCUGUGUGCAGAAAAACAGGGAAAGGAGAUGCUGUUAAAAACGACCACGGAGGAAAAGCAAGAGUCUUGGCCCGGGCACCUCCCGGAUGCUGCUGCUCACCACUGAGCAGUAAGUAGGCCAGCUACAUCCCAGAGACCCCGUCUGCCACACACAGAAGCCGUGAAGGCCUGGGGGAAACCCUUGUGUGGAGAGAGCCGUUUGCCUGGCAAGCUGCUUUGUUAUUGAGUAUUCGUCAGAAAACAUGUCUGCCCUGGCCGUUACCUUAAAAUAGAGAUAAGCAAGAUGUUUUGCCAAGUUCCUUUAGCUUGUUUGUGUGACCCUGGACCGUUUCUGCUAUACAGUGGCCUAAGAAAACAAGUUUGACUGCUCCAUGAACCCCUUCCUUGUCUUGAUGUGCCUUGUUUUGCCUAUAAAAAGGAGCUGCUGAAUAAACUCAGGGCUUCAGUAGUCACUGACAGUCCUCUCAAAUGA